ACUCCCGAGGCCAGCGAGCGAGCGGGCGGCUGCGGGCGGCGCCGAGCGAGGGAGCGAGGGAGCGAGCCAGGGAGCGGCGCGGGCCGGGCCAUGGGGCGGCGGGCGGCGGGCACGCUGCUGCUGGGGCUGCUGUUGCACGGGCGGCUGCUCGCGGUGGUCCACGGGCUAAGGGCCUAUGAGGGCUUGUCUCUGCCCGAAGACACGGAGACUGUCACAGAGGGCCGAGCCGGCUGGAGCUAUUCCUACCUGUCAGACGAUGAGGACCUGCUGGCUGAUGAUGCCUCCGGAGAUGGCCUGGGCAGUGGGGAGCUGGGCAGCGGGGAUUUCCAGAUGGUGUACUUCCGGGCCCUAGUGAAUUUCACCCGUUCCAUUGAGUAUAGCCCUCAGCUGGAAGAUGCAGGCUCCAAGGAGUUCCGGGAGGUGUCUGAUGCUGUGGUGGACAAGCUGGAGCUGGAGUACUCAAAGAUUCCUGGGGACCAGGUGGUCAGCGUGGUGUUCAUCAAGGAGCUGGACGGCUGGGUCUUUGUGGAGCUGGACGUGGGUUCCGAAGGGAAUGCUGAUGGCGCCCAGAUACAGGACGUGCUGCACAGGGUCGUCGCCAGUGGAGCCAUCGCUCCCUAUAGCACAUCCCUCCAGGGGUUCCAGUUCCGACGCCUGGGCACCGUGCCCCAGGUCCCAAGGGUCUGCACCGAGACUGAGUUUGCCUGCCACAGCCACAACGAGUGCGUGCCCCUGGAGUACCGCUGUGACCGGCGGCCUGACUGCAGGGACAUGUCCGACGAGCUCAACUGCGAUCCAGUUCCAGAACAUAGCUCUGUACCACCCUUUAUGGUGCAGACACCCAGUUUACCACCCGAACCAGAGACACCCCAUUUACCACCUGAGCCAUCAGAGACACCACGGCCACCAGACAUAGCCAUUCACCAGCCUCUAUUCCCCUCUCCGGGCCGACCUGAGCUCUGUAGACCCCAUGAGGCUGCAUGCCACAGCGGGCAGUGCAUCCCCAAAGACUACUUCUGUGAUGGACAGGACGACUGCAAAGACGGCAGUGAUGAGCUUAACUGCGGCCCCUCCCCACCCUGUGAGCCCAACGAGUUCCCCUGUGGAAAUGGGCACUGUGCCCUCAAGCUGUGGCGCUGCGACGGCGACUUUGACUGCGAGGACCACACCGAUGAGGCCAACUGCCCUGCCAAGCGCCCUGAGGAAGUAUGUGGCCCCACGCAGUUCCGCUGUGUAUCCACCAAUACAUGCAUCCCAGCCAGCUUCCACUGCGAUGAGGAGAGCGACUGUGCUGACCGUAGCGACGAGUUUGGCUGCAUGCCCCCACAGGUGGUGACCCCUCCCCAGGAGUCCAUCCAGGCUUCCCGGGGCCAGACAGUGACCUUAACCUGUGUGGCCACUGGAGUCCCUACCCCGAUCAUCAACUGGAGGCUCAACUGGGGCCAUAUCCCCUCUCAUCCCAGGGUGACAAUGACCAGCGAGGGUGGCCGUGGCACCUUGACCAUCCGUGAUGUGAAGGAGGCAGACCAGGGUGCUUAUACCUGUGAGGCCAUGAAUGCUCGGGGCAUGGUGUUCGGCAUUCCAGACGGUGUCUUGGAGCUCCUCCCGCAGCGAGGCCCCUGCCCCGAUGGGCACUUCUACCUGGAGUCCAGCGCCUCCUGCCUGCCCUGCUUCUGCUUCGGGGUCACCAAUGUGUGCCAGAGCAGCCGCCGCUUCCGCGACCACAUCCUUCUGAGGUUUGACCAACCCAACGACUUCAAGGGCGUGAACGUGACGAUGCCCACACAACCCGGCAUGCCACCGCUGUCCUCCACCCAGAUGCAGAUUGACACCACUCUGCAGGAGUUCCAGCUGGUCGACCUGUCCCGCCGCUUCCUCGUCCAUGACUCCUUCUGGGCUCUGCCUGAGCAGUUUCUGGGCAAUAAAGUGGACUCCUAUGGUGGCUCCCUGCGCUACAAGGUGCGCUAUGAGCUGGCACGUGGUACACUAGAGCCAGUACAGCGGCCAGAUGUGGUCCUUGUGGGUGCUGGGUAUCGCCUACUCUCCCGAGGCCACACGCCCACCCAGCCCGGUGCUCUGAACCAGCGCCAGGUCCAGCUCUCUGAGGAGCACUGGGUCCACGAGUCUGGGCGACCAGUUCAGCGGGCAGAGAUGCUGCAGGUGCUACAGAGCCUAGAGGCCGUGCUCAUACAGACCGUGUACAACGCCAAGAUGGCCAGCGUGGGGCUGAGCGACAUCAGCAUGGACACCACCGUGACCCACACCACCAGCCAUGGCCGUGCCCACAGUGUGGAGGAAUGCAGAUGCCCUAUCGGCUAUUCCGGCUUGUCCUGUGAGAGCUGUGAUACACACUUCACCCGGGUGCCUGGUGGGCCCUACCUGGGCACCUGCUCUGGCUGCCAUUGCAAUGGCCACGCCAGCUCCUGUGACCCUGUAUAUGGGUACUGCUUGAACUGCCAGCACAACACGGAGGGACCACAGUGCAACAAGUGCAAGGCCGGCUUCUUUGGGGAUGCCACACAAGCCACAGCCACUGCCUGCCGGCCCUGUCCUUGCCCCUACAUUGAUGCCUCCCGCAGGUUUUCAGACACCUGCUUUUUGGACACAGAUGGCCAAGCCACAUGUGACGCAUGUGCCCCUGGCUACACAGGCCGCCGCUGUGAAAGGUGUGCCCCUGGAUAUGAGGGCAACCCCAUCCAGCCGCUGGGGAAAUGCAGGUUAAUCCAUUCAACACUCGAGACCACUUCAAGGUCUUACAAAGGUGAAAGGAAAUGCAAUGAAAAGGGCAGCCUGCAAAUCUCUGAGACCUGCCAGUGCAAGAACAACGUGGUGGGACGCCUGUGCAAUGAGUGUGCCGAUGGCUCAUUCCACCUGAGCAAGCAAAACCCCGACGGCUGCCUCAAGUGCUUCUGCAUGGGCGUCAGCCGCCAGUGUUCCAGCUCCUCCUGGAGCCGCGCCCAGGUGCUGGGGGCCUCUGAGGAACCCUCACAGUUCAGCCUGACCAACGCUGCAGGCACCUACACCACCAGCGAGGGUAUCGCUUCCCCUGCGGCUGGGGAGCUGCUCUUCUCUUCCUUCCACAGCCUCCUGCCUGGGCCCUACUUCUGGAGCCUCCCUCUACGCUUCCGGGGGGACAAGGUGACCUCCUAUGGAGGAGAGCUGCGCUUCACAGUGACCCAACAGCCACAGCCCGGCUCCCCGCCACUGCACAGGCAGCCCUUGGUGGUUCUGCAGGGGAACAGCAUCACCUUGGAGCAUCACACUUCCCAGGAGCCUGUGCCCGGCCAACCCAGCACCUUCACUGUACCCUUCCGGGAGCAAGCAUGGCAGCGGCCUGACGGACAGCCGGCCACCCGGGAGCACCUGCUGAUGGCAUUAGCAGGCAUCGACGCACUGCUGAUCCGAGCAUCCUACAGCCAGCAGCCAGCUGAGAGCAGGCUCUCUGGAAUCAGCAUGGAUGUGGCUGUGCCUGAGAACACUGGUCAGGACCUGGCACUGGAAGUGGAGCAGUGUACAUGUCCAUCUGGAUACCGUGGCCCAUCCUGCCAGGACUGCGACACAGGCUACACACGCAUGCCCAGCGGCCUCUACUUGGGCACUUGCGAACGCUGCAGCUGCCACGGCCACUCGGAAGUCUGUGAGCCUGAAACAGGUGCCUGUCAGGGCUGCCAGCACCACACGGAGGGCCCUCGGUGCGAGCAGUGCCAACCAGGAUACUAUGGGGACGCCCAGCAGGGGACACCACAGGACUGCCAGCCUUGCCCGUGCUACGGAACCCCUGCUGCUGGCCAGGCUGCUCACACAUGCUUCCUGGACACAGACGGCCACCCCACCUGUGAUGCAUGCUCUCCAAGCCACAGUGGGCGUCACUGUGAGAGGUGUGCCCCCGGCUAUUAUGGCAACCCCAGCCAGGGCCAGCCGUGCCAAAGAGACAGCCAGGUUCCGGGGUCCAUAGUCUGUAGCUGUGACCCCCAGGGCAGCAUCAGCAGCCAGUGUGAUGCCAGUGGCCAGUGCCAAUGUAAGGCCCAGGUAGAAGGCCUCACCUGCAGCCAGUGCCGGCCCCACUACUUCCACCUGAGUGCCAGCAACCCCGAUGGCUGUCUGCCCUGUUUCUGCAUGGGUGUCACCCAGCAGUGUGCCAGCUCCUCUUACACUCGCCACCUGAUCUCCACCUACUUUGCUCCUGGCAACUUCCAGGGCUUUGCCCUGGUGAACCCACAGCGCAACAGCCGCCUCACGGGAGGCUUCACCGUGGAACCCACAUCCGAUGGUGCCCAGCUCUCUUUCAGCAACUUUGCCCAACUCGGACAGGAGCCUUUCUAUUGGCAGCUGCCGGAAACGUACCAGGGAGACAAGAGGGAGGCCGAUUUUACAAGGAUGCGUCGAGCUCACCAGAACCGCACGUCUCUCUCAGAGGAGCAGUGGCGGGCAGCUGUGGCACCUAGGAGGAUCCCAGGGCCCCCAGAGGGCAGAGGCUGGGCACAGCGGCCAUCACAGGUGGAUGAGGCCCAGAGGCGCGUGGAUGCUGAGAUCUGGCAGCUGCUUUCCAGCUUUGCCACUCGCCCCCAACCCCCACCUCGGGGGUUUCCUGCCCAGCACGGGUCUGCAGCAGCUCUGAGAGUACCUCCUCCACCCUCUCUCUCCUCUUCCUUUUCCUCCUCUUCUCUGUCUCAUCCAGCAGGCCCCCAGUUUGCUCUCUCCUAUGAAGGCUUCUCUCUGCUUCCUGGAAAUCUCUAUUAUUGGCAGCUGCCCCGGGCCUUCCUGGGGGACAAGGUGGCUGCUUACGGCGGGAAGCUGCGCUACACCCUCUCCUACGUGUCGGGACCGCAGGGCAGCCCACUCUCCGACCCUGACAUCCAGAUCACGGGCAACAACAUCAUGCUGGUAGCCUCUCAGCCCGCUCUGCAAGGCCCGGGAAGGAAGAGCUACGAGAUCAUCUUCAGGGAGGAAUUCUGGCGCCGGCCCGACGGACAGCCGGCCACACGUGAGCACCUGCUGAUGGCUCUGGCUGACCUCGAUGAGAUCCUGGUGCGGGCCACGUUCUCCUCAGUGCCACUGGCAGCCAGCAUCAGUGCCGUGAGCCUUGAGGUCGCCCAGCCUGGGCCCUCUGAAGGACCCCGGGCCCUGGAAGUGGAAGAGUGCCGCUGUCCCCCAGGCUACAUAGGCCUGUCCUGCCAGGACUGUGCCCCUGGCUACACACGCACUGAGAAUGGCCUCUACCUCGGCCACUGCGAGCUGUGCGAAUGCAAUGGGCAUUCGGACCUGUGCCACCCUGAGACCGGGGCCUGCUCGCAAUGCCAGCACAACGCUGCCGGGGAGUUCUGCGAGCUAUGUGCCCCUGGCUACUAUGGAGAUGCCACGGCUGGGACACCAGAGGACUGCCAGCCCUGUGCCUGCCCACUCACCAAUCCGGAGAACAUGUUCUCCCGUACCUGUGAGAGCCUUGGAGGCAAUGGGUACCGCUGCACAGCCUGUGAGCCUGGCUACACUGGCCAGUACUGUGAGCAGUGUGCCCCGGGUUAUGUGGGUAACCCCAACGUGCAAGGGGGCCGCUGCCUGCCACAGGCAGACCAAGCCCCACUGGUGGUCCAGGUCCACCCUGCUCGGAGCAUCGUGCCCCAGGGUGGCUCCCACUCCCUGCGAUGCCAGGUCAGUGGGAGCCCACCCCAUUACUUCUACUGGUCCCGUGAAGAUGGGCGGCCUAUACCCAGCAGCACCCAACAGCGACAUCAAGGCUCUGAGCUCCACUUCCCUAGCGUCCAGCCCUCUGAUGCUGGGGUCUACAUUUGCACCUGCCGUAACCUUCACCAUGUUAACACCAGCCGGGCAGAGCUACUGGUCACAGAGGCUCCAAGCAAGCCCAUCACAGUGACAGUGGAGGAGCAGCGGAGCCAGAGCGUGCGCCCUGGAGCUGAUGUCACCUUCAUCUGCACAGCCAAGAGCAAGUCCCCAGCCUACACCCUAGUGUGGACCCGCCUGCACAACGGCAAGCUGCCCUCACGAGCCAUGGAUUUCAACGGCAUCCUGACCAUCCGUGGCGUGCAACCAAGCGACGCGGGCACCUAUGUGUGCACUGGCUCCAACAUGUUCGCCAUGGACCAGGGCACCGCCACACUGCAUGUGCAGACCUCAGGCACUUCAACUGCCCCCAUGGUCUCCAUCCACCCACCGCAGCUCACUGUGCAGCCGGGUCAGCUGGCCGAGUUCCGCUGCAGCGCCACCGGGAACCCCACGCCCACCCUCGAGUGGAUAGGAGGCCCUGGUGGCCAGCUCCCCCAGAAGGCCCAAGUCAGUGGUGGCAUCCUGCGCCUGGUGGCUGUCGAGCCCUCAGAUCAGGCACCGUACCUGUGCCGAGCCCACAACAGCGCUGGGCAGCACGUGGCCAGGGCUGUGCUCCAUGUGCACGGGGGAAGUGGACCUCGGGUCCAGGUGAGUCCGGAGAGGACCCAGGUGCAUGAAGGCCACACCGUGAGGCUGUACUGCAGAGCUGCAGGAGUACCCAGUGCCACCAUCACCUGGAAGAAGGAAGGGGGCAGCCUCCCCCCUCAGGCCAGGUCUGAGCGCACGGACAUUGCCACACUGCUCAUCCCGGCCAUCACUGCCGCCGACGCUGGCUUCUACCUCUGCGUGGCCACCAGCCCUGCAGGCACCGCACAGGCCCGCAUCCAAGUUGUCGUCCUCACAGCUUCAGGUGACCACUCACCACCUCCAGUCAGGAUUGAGUCCUCAUCACCUUCUGUGACUGAAGGGCAGACGCUCGACCUCAACUGUGUAGUGGCAGGUUCAGCCCACGCCCAGAUCACAUGGUACAGGAGAGGGAGCAGCCUGCCCCCACAUGCACAGGUGCAUGGCUCGCGGCUGCGGCUUCCGCAGGUUUCACCUGCCGAUUCAGGAGAAUACGUGUGCCGAGUAGAGAAUGGGGCAGGCCCCAAGGAAGACACCAUCACCAUCUCUGUCCUCCACAGCACCCACACGAGCCCCAACAAUGCCCCAGCUGCAGGCAGCACCCAGCCCAUCCGCAUUGAAUCGUCCUCCUCCCACGUAGCUGAGGGGCAGACCCUGGAUCUGAACUGCGUGGUACCUGGGCAAGCCCAUGCUCAGGUCACAUGGUAUAGGCGUGGGGGCAGCCUCCCCACCCGGCACCAGACCCAUGGCUCACUGCUGCGACUACACCAGGUGUCUCCCGCCGACUCGGGCGAGUACGUGUGCCGCGUAGUCCUCGGCUCUGAACCCCUGGAGACCUCUGUCCGGGUCUCCAUCGAGGCCUCUGGCUCUGUCCCUGCCCCAGGACCUGUCCCACCCGUCAGGAUUGAGUCCUCCUCCUCCACGGUGGCUGAGGGACAGACUCUUGAUCUGAGCUGUGUGGUAGCAGGGCAGGCCCACGCCCCAGUCACAUGGUACAAGCGUGGGGGCAGCCUCCCUGCCCGGCACCAGGUCCGCGGCUCCCGCCUAUACAUCUUCCAGAUCUCACCCGCUGACGCAGGGGAGUAUGUGUGCCGUGCCAGCAAUGGUGUGGAGGCCUCCAUCACUGUCAGAGUAACCAGGACACGGGGGCCCAGCAAUGUCAACUCCUCUGGCGGCACCCAGCCCAUCCGCAUUGAAUCGUCGUCCUCCCACGUAGCUGAGGGGCAGACCCUGGAUCUGAACUGCGUGGUGCCUGGACAAGCCCAUGCUCAGGUCACAUGGCAUCGGCGUGGGGGCAGCCUCCCUGCCCGGCAUCAGACCCAUGGCUCACUGCUGCGGCUGCACCAAGUGUCCCCUGCUGACUCGGGCGAGUACGUGUGCCGUGUGGUGGGUGGCUCCGUGCCCUUGGAGUCCUCCGUCCUAGUCACCAUCGAGCCAGAGAGCUCUGUGCCUGCACUCGGAGUUACCCCCCCAGUCCGGAUUGAGUCAUCAUCUUCCCAUGUGGCUGAAGGGCAGACACUGGAUCUGAACUGCCUCGUUGCUGGGCAGGCCCAUGCCCAGAUCACAUGGCACAAGCGUGGGGGCAGCCUCCCUGCCCAGCAUCAGGUGCAUGGCUCGAGGUUGCGGCUGCCCCAGGUGACCCCAGCCGACUCUGGGGAGUACGUGUGUCGCGUAGUCAGCAGCUCAGGCACCCAGGAAGCCUCAGUCCUUGUCACCAUCCAGCAACGCCCGGGACCCUCCCACCCCCAGGGUGUGGUAUAUCCCGUCCGCAUUGAGUCUUCAUCCACUUCACUGGCCAAUGGCCAUAUUCUGGAUCUCAACUGCAUAGUUGCCAGCCAAGCCCCCCAUACCAUCACCUGGUACAAGCGUGGAGGCAGCUUACCCAGUCGGCAUCAGAUUGUGGGCUCCCGGCUGCGGAUCCCUCAGGUGACCCCUGCAGACUCUGGCGAGUAUGUGUGCCACGUCAGCAACGGCAUCGGUUCCCAGGAGACUUCCCUCAUUGUCACCAUUCAGGGCAGUGGUACCUCCCGUGUGCCCAGUGUCUCCCCGCCAAUCAGGAUCGAGUCCUCGUCCCCAACUGUAGUUGAAGGACAGACCUUGGAUCUGAACUGUGUGGUUGCCGGGCAGACCCAGGCCACCAUCACAUGGUACAAGCGUGGAGGCAGCCUGCCCUCCCAACACCAGACCCACGGUUCCCACCUGCGUUUGCACCAGCUGUCUGUGGCCGACUCUGGAGAGUAUGUGUGUCGGGCCAACAACAACAUCGACGCCCAGGAGGCCUCCAUCAUGGUCUCGGUCUCCCCCAGACCCAGCAACCCCUCUGCCCCUGGCGAUGCUACACCCAUCAGAAUCGAGUCCUCCUCCUCCCAUGUGGCUGAAGGGCAGACCCUGGAUCUGAACUGCGUGGUCCCUGGUCAGGCCCAUGCCCAGGUCACUUGGUAUAAACGUGGAGGCAGCCUCCCCACUCACCAUCAGACCCAUGGCUCAACUCUCCGGCUAUACCAGGUGUCCCCAGCCGACUCAGGCCAGUAUGUGUGCCGCGUACUGGGCACUUCUGGCCCCUUGGAGGCCUCAGUCCUGGUCACCAUCGAGGCCUCUGAUGCUGGCGCCGUCCGUGUCCCUGCCCAAGGUGGAACCCCGCCCAUCCGCAUCGAGACAUCCUCUUCCCGUGUGGCUGAAGGGCAGACCUUGGAUCUGAGCUGUGUGGUGCCUGGGCAGGCCCAUGCCCAGGUCACGUGGCAUCGGCGUGGGGGCAGCCUCCCCGCCCAGCACCAGGUUCACGGCCACAUCCUGAGACUGAACCAGGUGUCCCCUGCUGACUCCGGCGAGUACACCUGCCGAGUGGUCGGCAGCUCAGGUGUCCUGGAGGCCUCUGUCCUGGUCUCCAUCGAGCCUGCCAGCCCAGCCCCCAUUCCUGCUCCAGGACUAGCCCAGCCUAUCUACAUCGAGGCCUCCUCCUCCCAUGUGGCCGAAGGGCAGACCCUGGAUCUGAACUGCGUAGUGCCCGGGCAGGCCCAUGCCCAGGUCACAUGGUACAAGCGUGGUGGCAGCCUCCCUGCCCAGCACCAGACUCAUGGUUCCAUUCUGCGGCUCCACCAUGUCUCCCCUGCUGACUCGGGCGAGUACGUGUGCCGUGUGACAGGCAGCUCAGGCCCUGAGCAGGAGGCUUCCUUCACAGUCACUGUCCUACCCAGUGAGGGGUCUUCUUACCGCCUCAGGAGCCCAGUCAUCUCCAUUGACCCACCCAGCAGCACCGUGCAGCAGGGCCAAGAUGCCAGCUUCAAGUGCCUCAUCCACGAUGGGGCCACCCCCAUCAACCUGGAGUGGAAGACACGGAACCAAGAGCUGGAAGACAAUGUCCAUAUCAGCCCCAACGGCUCAGUCAUCACCAUCGUGGGCACCCGGCCCAGCAACCAUGGGGCUUACCGCUGUGUGGCCUCCAAUGCCUACGGCGUGGCCCAAAGUGUCGUGAACCUCAAUGUGCACGGACCCCCCAUGGUGUCUGUGCUCCCUGAGGGCUCCGUGCGUGUGAAGGCAGGCAAGGAUGUCACCCUGGAGUGUGUCAGCAGUGGGGAGCCCCGCUCCGCCCCUCGCUGGACCCGGGUAGGCUACCCUGCCAGGCUGGAUCCAUGGACGCUUGGGAUGGUGGACAGCCACGCAGUGCUCAAGAUUUCAUCAGUGAAACCAUCAGACGCGGGCACCUACGUGUGCCUAGCUCAGAAUGCACUGGGCACAGCACAGAAGCAAGUGGAAGUGAUCGUGGACAUGGGCACCGUAGCCCCAGGCGCCCCCCAGGCCCAGGUGGAAGAAGUGGAGCUGACCGUGGAGGCUGGACACACGGCCACCUUGCGCUGCUCAGCCUCAGGCAGCCCCAUGCCCACCAUCCACUGGUCCAAGCUACGUGCCCCACUGCCCUGGCAGCACCGGCUGGAAGGCAACACCCUAAUCAUCCCCAGGGUCGCCCAGCAAGACUCGGGCCAGUACAUCUGCAAUGCCACCAGCCAUCUGGGGCACUCUGAGGCUACUGUCGUCUUGCAUGUGGAGAAUCCACCAUACGCCACCAUAGUCCCAGAACAUGCCUCAGUGCGGGCAGGAGAGACGGUGCAGCUACAAUGCCUGGCACAUGGCACUCCACCGCUCACCUUCCAGUGGAGCCGCGUGGGCAGCAGCCUCCCCGGGCGGGUGACUGUCAGUAAGGAGCGGCUGCACAUUGAGUCCGCAGCCCCUGAGGACUCAGGCCGCUACCGCUGCCAGGUCUCCAACAAGGUGGGCUUAGCCGAGGCCUUCGUCCAGGUACUUGUGCAAGGCUCCUCCAGCACACUCCCUGACACUGCUGUCUCAGCCGGAGCCCCACCCACCGUGCAGAUCACACCUCAGCAGGAGACCAGGAGCAUCGGGGCCAGCGUCGAGUUCCACUGUGCCGUGCCCAGCGACCGGGGCACCCAGCUCCGCUGGAUCAAGGAAGGGGGCCAGCUACCUCCUGGCCACAGCGUGCAGGAUGGGGUGCUGCGAAUCCAGAACUUAGACCAGAGCUGCCAAGGGACAUAUGUCUGCCAGGCGCAUGGACCUUGGGGACAAGCCCAGGCCAGUGCCCAGCUGGUUGUCCAAGCCCUGCCCUCUGUGCUCAUCAACAUCCGGACCUCUGUGCAGACCGUGGUGGUCGGCCACUCUGUGGAGUUCGAGUGUCUGGCACUGGGUGACCCCAAACCUCAGGUGACGUGGAGCAAAGUUGGAGGGCGCCUGCGGCCUGGCAUCAUGCAGAGCGGGAAUGUCAUCAAGAUCCCCCAUGUGGAGCUGGCCGACGCUGGGCAGUACCGCUGCACUGCCACCAACGGCGCUGGCACCACACAGUCCCAUGUGCUGCUGCUCGUGCAAGCCUUGCCCCAGAUCUCAACACCCCCAGAAGUCCGUGUACCUGCUGGCUCUGCGGCUGUCUUCCCCUGCAUGGCCUCGGGCUACCCCACACCUGACAUCACCUGGAGCAAGCUGGAUGGCAGCCUGCCACCUGACAGCCGCCUGGAAAACAACAUGCUGAUGCUGCCCUCAGUCCGGCCCCAGGAUGCUGGCACCUACGUCUGCACUGCUACUAACCGCCAGGGCAAGGUCAAAGCCUUUGCCCAUCUGCAGGUGCCAGAGCGGGUGGUGCCCUACUUCACCCAGACCCCCUACUCCUUCCUGCCACUGCCCACCAUCAAGGAUGCCUACAGGAAGUUUGAGAUCAAGAUCACCUUCCGGCCGGACUCAGCCGACGGAAUGCUGCUGUACAAUGGGCAGAAGCGGACCCCAGGGAGCUCCACCAACCUGGCCAACAGGCAGCCCGACUUCAUCUCCUUCGGCCUCGUGGGUGGAAGGCCCGAGUUCCGGUUUGACGCAGGCUCUGGCAUGGCCACUAUCCGCCACCCUACACCGCUGGCCCUGGGCCAGUUCCACACAGUGACUCUGCUGCGCAGCCUCACGCAGGGCUCCCUGACUGUGGGCAACCUGACUCCAGUCAACGGCACCUCCCAGGGCAAGUUCCAGGGCCUGGACCUGAAUGAGGAGCUGUACCUGGGCGGCUACCCUGACUAUGCGGCCAUCCCCAAGGCAGGCCUGAGCAGCGGCUUUGUCGGCUGUGUCCGGGAACUACGCAUCCAGGACGAGGAGAUCAUCUUCCACGACUUCAACCUCACCGCACACGGCAUCUCCCACUGCCCUACCUGUCGGGACCGGCCCUGCCAGAAUGGAGGCCAGUGCCACGACUCGGAGAGCAGCAGCUACGUGUGCGUGUGCCCGGCUGGCUUCACCGGGAGCCGCUGCGAGCACUCACAGGCCCUGCACUGCCACCCAGAGGCCUGUGGGCCAGAUGCCACCUGCGUGAACCGGCCCGACGGCCGAGGCUACACCUGCCGCUGCCACUUAGGCCGCUCAGGGGCGAGAUGCGAGGAAGGUGUCACAGUGACCACCCCCUCCAUGUCGGGCUCCGACUCCUACCUGGCACUGCCUGCCCUCACCAACACACACCACGAGCUACGCCUGGAUGUUGAGUUCAAGCCACUGGCGCCCGAUGGGAUCUUAUUAUUCAGCGGGGGAAAGAGUGGGCCUGUGGAGGACUUUGUGUCCCUGGCCAUGGCUGGCGGCCACCUGGAGUUCCGCUACGAGUUGGGGUCAGGACUGGCCAUUCUGCGGAGCCCCGAGCCGCUGGCCCUGGGCCGUUGGCACCGUGCGUCUGCUGAGCGCCUCAACAAGGAUGGCAGCCUGCGGAUAAACGGAGGCCGCCCUGUUCUGCGCUCCUCGCCCGGCAAGAGCCAGGGCCUCAACCUGCACACGCUCCUCUACCUGGGCGGCGUGGAGCCCUCCGUGCCGCUGUCUCCAGCCACCAACAUGAGCGCUCACUUCCGUGGCUGUGUUGGUGAGGUUUCAGUGAAUGGCAAGCGACUGGACCUCACCUACAGCUUCCUAGGCAGCCGAGGCAUCGGGCAGUGCUAUGACAGCUCCCCAUGUGAGCGCCAGCCUUGCCAGAACGGUGCCACAUGUAUGCCCGCUGGCGAGUACGAAUUCCAGUGCCUGUGUCGUGAUGGCUUCAAAGGAGACCUGUGUGAGCACGAGGAGAACCCCUGCCAGCUCCACGAGCCCUGUCUGCAUGGGGGCACCUGCCAGGGCACCCACUGCCUCUGUCCCCCUGGCUUCUCAGGCCCACGCUGCCAGCAAGGUCCUGGACAUGGCACAGCAGAGUCCGACUGGCACCUAGAAGGCAGCGGGGGCAGCGACGCCCCCGGCCAGUAUGGAGCCUACUUCUAUGAUGGCGGCUUCCUAGCCCUCCCUGGCCACAUCUUUUCCAGAAGCCUCCCCGAAGUGCCCGAGACCAUUGAGCUGGAGGUUCGCACCAGCACGGCCAGUGGCCUUCUGCUCUGGCAGGGAGUGGAGAUAGGCAAAAUCAGCCGAGGCAAGGACUUCGUCAGCCUUGGGCUUCAGGACGGGCACCUUGUCUUCAGCUACCAGCUGGGCAGUGGGGAAGCCCGCCUUGUCUCUGAGGACCCCAUCAAUGAUGGCGAAUGGCAUCGGGUGACGGCGCUGCGAGAGGGCCGCAGAGGCUCCAUCCAGGUGGACGGUGAGGAGCUGGUCAGCGGGCAGUCCCCAGGCCCAAAUGUGGCAGUUAACACCAAGGGCAACAUCUACGUGGGCGGAGCUCCCGACGUGGCUGCCCUGACUGGAGGCAGGUUCUCCUCGGGUAUCACAGGCUGUAUCAAGAACCUGGUGCUGCGCUCCGCCCAGCCUGGUGGCCCACCCCCCCAGCCCCUGGACCUGCAGCAUCGCGCCCUGGCAGGAGCCAACACGCGCCCCUGCCCUUCAUAGGCACCUGCCUGCCUCCCCCUACGGACUUCUGGGUAGAGCCUAACCCAACCAUGUCGAGUAUAUUAUUAUUAAUAUUAUUAUUAUGAAUUUUUGUAAGAAACCGAGGCGAUGCCACGCUUUGCUGCUACCACCCUGGGCUGGACUGGAGGGGAGUGUGGCACCACCAUGCACACCUGGGCAAAACCGCAGAGCUGGUGGGUGGGCAAGCCGAAUGGGAACAGACUCCUCAGAACGCCACCAUGAUGUGGAGUCCAAUGCAGUGGCCCAGAGCUGCUCCCGUGUACCCGCCCAAGGGGCCCCUCCAGGCAGAGCCCGGAUGCCCAUCUCAGCAGCCCUUUCUAGCCUCUUACCGUGCGCGCCCACCUCAGCUUCCAUCCUGGUGCUCACUGGCUACAUGAACAGGAGGGUGUGACGGGAGCCGUGGCCACCCCCUCUGCACCAGGAAGCUCUCUACGUCUGCUGUGGAGCAGAAGGCAGCUCCCCCUCCCGCAGCCCAUGUCCUAGCCCUCCUCUGCCUCCUCCCUGCAGCCGGCAGGGCCACCUACCCCUGACAGCCUCCCCUCUCCCACUGAGCUCCCCACCCCGUCCUGCACACCUGUCCCACACACGCAGUCCAGGGCCCCUAACCACAGGGGCUGCCUGGGAACCCCCACUCCCCAGGAGCUGCUCCAGGCAGAGCCCAGCACUGACAGGCUCUCCACACACACCAGGCCUCGGCCCUCCUACUCAUCUGGAAGUGAAGGCCCAGGGGCCGAGGGGGCUGCUGGUGGGGGAAGCCAGGACUCGUGACUGGGAAGGGUAGAAGGGAGAUGUGCCAGUCCUGCCCCAGCCAUGGGAGCCCCCAGGCUGGGAGGCUGGGAUGCCUGGCCUCUGUGUCCUAGGAGGGACCCUCCUGUGGUCUUUGUCUUGAUUUUUCUUAAUAAACGGUGCUAUCCCCGCCA